UGGACGGCCAGUGGGCCAGACAUGGAAAGAGUGGGCCGUGGGGGGUGUUGGCAGUAGAGGGCAGAAUGGUAAAAUCAACAGCUGCCCCCAUUGAACAAAACAACAACCCUCUGCUCUUAAAAUCUCAUUUCUCUCCAAAUCCGCCAUGGCCGCCUUCUUCUAUUACACAAUUUACCUCAUCCUUCUCUGUCUUCCACAAUCCCUUAGUCUCUCCUCCACCAUCCACGACCUCCUCCGGUCUAAGGGGCUGCCGGCGGGGCUUGUUCCGAGGGAGGUAAAAUCCUACUCCCUCUCUGAAAGCGGCCUUCUGGAAGUGUUCCUGGACGGCCCUUGUCUGACCAAAUUCGAGAACAGGGUUCUGUAUGAGAGCGUGGUUAAGGCGAAUCUGAGCUACGGAAGUCUGAUCGGCGUUCAGGGGCUGACUCAGGAGGAGCUGUUUGUAUGGCUUCCAGUGAAGGACAUAAUCGUGGAUGACCCUAAAUCCGGCCUUAUUCUCUUUGACAUUGGCCUCGCUCAUAAGCAACUCUCCCUUUCUCUGUUCGAAGACCCCCCCACCUGCAACCCUCAAUCUACAGAGCUUCCGCGGCAUCAUGUGAGGAAGGAGAAAGGAUUUGAAGCUCUAAGAUGAGGACAAUUUUGUCUUUUUCAAUAUAUAAUUAGUUGAGUAAGAAACACAUAAGUUUGGUUAUUAUUAUUAUUAUUAUUAUGAAUUUAUAAAUUAAUUUUGAGAGUUAGGGAUUAUUAUU